CUCUUAUCCAAGUUGGUUGGUUGAGGCGUCAUUGAAAAUAUCUUGAAGAGAACUUUCAUACGAGCUGCAUUUUUGGUGAAGAAGAUGUCACAGUCUAAAUCGAAUGGAUGAACACUCGAGAUGGAACGUGGUAGAGCUUCAGUAGAUAUGGGUAACCUCCGCCGCAACCGAACAAAGGAGAUUGCGAGGAAUCAUCCAAGCUUACACAAAGGUAAGGGACGGGCCGGGGCUUCAUCUCAAACCCGAGAUGAUUUUGAUGCGGAUUAUAACCAAAGAUAUGGGUCUGCGAUGUCCGAUGAGCAAGUAGAACAACUAUUACAACAAAAUCAAGGGGCCUUCUUCCAUCAACAAAACAUCCCGACCAUUGACGAAGAAGAGCUCGAGGAUGAUGAUGCGGAGGAGAGGGAUCCGCAAACGGUCGAGCACGAGGUUCAUGGCAC